ACUUGCUGAGUGCAGUCACACCAGCCAAUCACUGCCAGUGUGAUGUUCCUUAACUGUUGCUCUGCUUCUGGGGGAAGUCGGAGCUGUAGCUUUUAAUGAAGACAGCCCAAUCCCCCAGAGGCUAAAGAUCAUGCCAUCAUUUUGUUCUCGCGUAUAUUAAAGCUUCGUGAGCUCUCAGUAAAUAUGAAGCUGCAGCAGCAGGAUGUCCCUCCUGCCUCGUAGCCUCGAGCCGAGGCCAGGAAGACAGGUUCACUCGGUCUUCAGCCUGUCGGCUCCUUAGACAGUCCUGAAAACCUCCCUACAGUUUGGGUGACUGUGUCUCCCCAAACAGGCCGAAGUGGAUGGAAGGAGAUGGGGAGGGAGACCUUCAAGGUCUGCAGACGUGAAGACUGAAACCAGUCUGUAGGUUACUGGGAGGCGGCUGACAGCUAGAAAUGGCCCCGAGGACACUGGAUUGAGAGACCGGAGAACAGCUGGACCGCGUGCGCUUGGGUUGCCCCAGAGACCUACAGAGGGUAAGGGACUCUGCGUGAUCGCUUUUGUGGAAGUUCUUCAGAGCCAUGGGGGUGUUGAUGUCCAAGCGGCAGACGGUGGAGCAGGUGCAGAAGGUGAGCCUGGCUGUGUCAGCCUUCAAGGAUGGGCUACGGGACAGGCCUUCCAUUAGACGUGGGGGUGAGCUGCCAGGGUCCCGCCGCGGCACUGUGGAGGGCUCUGUUCAGGAAGUACAGGAAGAAAAGGAAGCAGAGACAAGUGGCCCCGUGGUCCAGGAAGAGAGCAGUAUCAACCGUGCAGCCUGGGAGCGGCUCCGAGAUGGGCGUGGAAUUGAGCCUGAGGAGUUUGACAGAACCAGUCGAUUCACACCCCCUGCCUUCAUCCGACCCACCCGGAAGCUGGAUGACGACAAACCUCCAGAUAUCUGCUUGGAUCCCCGGGAGGCUGUUGUCAACGAUGAGAUGUGUGAUAUCUGUGAAGUCUGGACCGCUGAGAGCCUCUUCCCAUGCAGAGUCUGCACCAGGGUUUUCCACGACGGUUGCCUGCGCCGCAUGGGCUACCUCCAAGGAGACAGUGCAGCGGAGGUGACGGAGAUGGCCCAUACAGAAAUAGGCUGGAGCUGCUACUACUGUGACAACCUUAACCUGCUGCUGACUGAGGAGGAGAUGUACAGCCUCACAGAGACCUUCCAACGGUGUAAAGUCAUCCCUGAUUGCUCCCUGACGCUGGAGGACUUCGUGCGCUACCGCCACCAGGCAGCGAAGCGAGGGGAGAGCAGCAGGGCCCUGAGUGAUGAGCAGGAGGAGCAAGCAGCCCGCCAGUUUGAGGCCUUGGACCCCGAACAUCGAGGCCACGUAGAGUGGUCCGACUUCUUGUCCCACGAAUCUCUCCUGCUGCUGCAGCAGCUGCGUCCCCAGAACUCUCUACUGAGGCUUCUUACCGUCAAGGAGAGGGAACGAGCCCGAGCCACCUUCCUGGCACGGGGCAGUGGGAGCGCCAUCAGUGAGGCAGAGUGCCACCACGCCCGGCACUCUUGGUUCUGUAAACGCCUUGCAGAGGCUGCUUCCUGCAGCGUCAGCAUCAGCCACGUGGGUCCCAUAGCAGACAGCAGCCCGGCUGGCAGCAGUAGCAAGAGUGAACAUAAGGCCCCGCUGCCUGGAGAGCAGGAGUCCAGAUCUGUGGACUGGCCCACCUUCCUAAGAGAGAACGUCAUCUACAUCUUGGCUGCUCGUCCCAACAGUGGAGCGAUUCACCUGAAACCCCCAGGAUAGUAUGGGGCGGAGCAGCUCAGUUCUGGGACGGUGGCAUCCUCUCCUCCUCUCCUUUCUCUUUCCUUCCACUCACCUCUGGCGCUGAGACUCACAGGAAUGGGGCACUGCCAACAUCUUAAUUUGUCAUUAAGUUUUACGGCACCGAAGCCACCGUUCCCCUCACUACAGAGGCAGUGUGUGUAUUGCCACACCGAGAAGCCCUGAGAGCUGUGGCGUCCGUCACCUGCUCCUGGACCGCCUCCUGCCCUCACAUCAUAAAACUACCUGCCACCUCAUGCAUACAUGUGUGCACAUGCACAUACAGCCACAUACAUGCCUAGAUAUCCAUGCCUUCAGACUCCGGGUUCUUUUUUCGAUGAAAAAGGACCAAAAUCCCUUUGUGAAACCCCUGGUGUAGAUGAGAUGGUCUCUUCUCACUCUUUCUAUUGGCCAGUUCUGAUUUCCAGUAGAAAGAAAGGGGCAGAUCAGCCUCGCUUCCCCUCCAGGAGAUGCCGAGAGGCCCCCUGCCCACAUUGAAACCCCCUUCCGUGAUGAGCCGCUGCUGCUCGUAAGUGUCUGUGUGUCCCUCAGGUGUGUCGUGGCGGGAGAACCGUUAAAAAUCAUCGCUGAAGUUUGUGUUUAAAUUCUAAUCCUCGUGACAGAAAAGGAAACUAGCUUGUGGAUUUCUGACUGGAAAAAAGUGGAGACAGCCUCUCCCAGAGACCCAGAAUUCUCUUUCAACCAGGUCCUCCAACUUCACAAGCCCUUAGCAGACCAGGAAAGUCAAGGUGAGACUCGUGGCCCUGUUUGUUGAAUGGUAUCGCGUGGUCCGAAGCUCUAGGGGCCCGAGUGGAAUGGAUACACUGGCAGGAAUGACGACCCUCUGUGGGAGAUGCUUCAGCCUGGCCGCUACGGAGGUCGGUGAGGACACCAUCUCAUGGGAGAGAAGAGAAAAGUAGGCUUUUCCUGCUUCCCAGCCCAGCUCCACCACAGCCAUAGAAAUGUGGCUUUAUACAGAGGGCAAGCCAGCCUCGUACGUAGCCUGAAGGAGAUCCUCAGAACCCCUCAGCAGUCUUGCUGAGACAGAAAAGGAGACACAACCAAGACUCAGAAGAUCUGUAUCUCAAGUCCUAGUCGGCGUCCUAAGGGGGAAAGCUUGUCCUUCUCCCCAAAACGGAGAUGUAGCCUCAGUGGCUGCUUCUCCCUGCUGCUUGUUCAUGUCUUCCCCUCCGUGCUAGGAGCUGGAGCUAGCCUGAGAGGCUUUGUGGACAAGCAGAGUGCCAUGAAUGCACCAAAUGUGGCCCGCAAGCUUUGCCAAACCCCAUUACCUAACAGUUCUGAAGCUCUCAAAUCAAUGGUAUGGGUCAGCCCUUAGACCUAGGGGUCCAGGUUCUGGAUUUCUAUUUUCAACCGGAUGACUUAGGUAUGGCCAGUUCGGACAACGAGGGCUUCUUCAAGAGACAGUUGAGUCAAGUCAUGCAGAAGCUUGCAUUAUCUCCACUGCUCAAAGCACUUGUACUGAAGUGAAUGAUCACAGAAGAAGAAGAGGCAUAUCACUCAGUGUUGAGAUGCUCAGAUGAAGUGAGGUCUGCAGCCAGGGCCUUUUGCCUAGAGCCCUGGGCGGCCUCUUUUUGUAGGAAGUGCCUGACCUAGAAGCAGGGUGGUGAACUGCUGGAGACAGGUUAUCUAGGACUGAGAUGACACAGAUAGGAGAUACAUGUGGGUUCAUUUUGAAACCCACAGCUUUUAAAAACUACUACUUAAGACUGGGCAUAGUAGUACACACCCUUAAUCCCAGCACUCAGGGGACAGAGGCAGGUGGAUCUCUGAGUUGAAGGCCAGUUUGUUCUAAAUAGUAAGCUACACAAGUGAGAGUUGGUCUCAGAAACAACAAUGAAAACUACUCAGCCACGUUCCCAAGACUGAUCAGUAAGAGGACCCAUUAUUUGAUCUAAUCAAAAAGAAAAAAGAAAAAAGCACAAAGCUCCUAGGCUCAAGGACUGUGUCUGUAGCAGCCAGGCCUGGGGUUUUCCAUUGAGAAGAUUAAAGCAUAUUAAAUACAAGGUCUCUUGCUCACUCUCCUGGUGAGUCACCAUCUACCCCUGUGACUGUGAACUGCUGAACCUCACAAGCCGUUUUGAACAGAGAUAAUCUCUGGGCUUUGGGAAUUGAACAGCGCUUUCCUGCCACUCUCCAGCCGUGGGUACUGGGGGUCCCUCUUGCUCCAUGGUCCUUUGCAGAUCAAGAUGAUCCUUGCCACUUUGAAGCUGCAAGGGGGUUUGUUGUUCGUUUGUUUUGAGUUUCUUGCUCCUGCAGUUGAAUGGCAGAAGACCACAGGCCACAUCAGACUGGUUGGGUCCCAAGACUUGCAGAGUCAGCCCCACAGCUCAUCCACAGUAGAACCAGGCCUGUUUGAGAUCACCUCCCUAUCCAGGACAGUGGUUUUCCAUGGUGGGGGCCUGAUGCAGAGGGCCCAAGGGACUCUCCCCCCAGCAAAGAAUGGAGGUCCCAAUCCACAACAUUGAUGAGAAGCAGAAAAACAGACAGGACAGCCGGCCUCUUCCCCAUAAGCAUGUAGUGUUGUACCAAAGGGAGGGUCCAUGGCUCCCUAGACAGUUGUUACAGAAGCCCUCCCCAACCCCACUGUCCAUAGUCCCUCUCUGAAUGGCCUCCCUGGAGCCCCUGCAGUAUGUACAGAGGUACACUCUCAUCACCUAGCAAGACUCAACCCUUUUCAAGCCUUUCUAUCACUGUGACUGUCUGAAAUUCUGCCAAGUGCAAAAAUUAAUGUCUGGCUCUGACGAGGGUAUGAGAAAAUGUUUCUGUCUUUUCUGUCUUGGCUGCCAACAAUUAAGAUCAAUGCUUUUCCCAAACACCACCCAUCCUGAGCUCCAACCAAGGGAGGCUCGGGUUACACAUAUGCUUCUCUGAAGACCGCCUGCCCCAAGCUUGGUUUUCCUCCAGCCGUUCUCCUCCUUAUAUUCAGAACUAAGUGAAGGGGAUCGCAACGACACAGCAGACUGCAGGGUCAGGGUUCCUGAGAGUGGCUUAGCUCUGCACAACCUCUCCAGGUCCGUUCCUUGGCCUCCUCACCUGAGGCCACCCUUCCCCCGAAAAACAUUUGGACAGUGGCCCCUAUGGUAUCCCAGGGAUGGAGCCGUUUCCUCAUUCCCAGGUACUGACCCAGCUCAAGUGCUCUUCCUUUGAGGACAGCUGCAGCAGAAGCCAUGAAUACAUUGCCUCUUUCUACCCCCAGCCUAAGCAGUGGGCUGGCAGGGUAGACACUUGCCUUUCUGGCCGUAGUGCUCCCUACGGGAGGUCACCUGGACCUUGUUUAAGUGGCCAAGUCUUGGAGUUCCCCCCAUUUCUAUCACCAAAACAGAAAGCACAGAAUUCAACUGCCUGGAAAGAGGGCACUUGACAGGGAAGUGAAUACCAAGGCUGUCCCAUGCCUUAGCCCAAAGCACAACACUUACUGCAUGCAUCACAGCUCCCAGCCGUGCGGAAAGCACUCAGACUACGAGAAAGGCUCCGCAGAAACUGUCUAGCAGGGGCCAUCCAGCCAUGACUACCCAAGAGCCAAAAGGAAGCAACCUUGAGGCACAAAACUUGAACUGGCAACAGGCUCUGGUAUUGGUAUUCCAUGUCUCCUUCUGACCAGCAGAAUAAAGACAGAUGCAGUCAUGCACUGCACAUGUGCAUAGAGAGAACACGAGUAUAUAGGGUUAUUCGUGACCCAGAGAAUGGAGGAUAGGGUCAGCUCUUGUCUGGACCAGUACUUAAGAAGCCCGAUUCCAUUCUGGAAAUCCAUUCUGAGAACGGGGUCAUUAGGCAACUUCUCAGUGCAAGCAUCAAAGAGUGCUCUUACACACUUACACAAACCAAGACAGGUACCACAUUACUAGGCAGUAUAACUUAUGGGACCACCAUUGUACAUGCCAUCUGUUGUUGGUUGAAAUGUCACUGUGGCACAUGACCAUUCUGUACUUGGCACUAAAAGGCCAAACAGCCUUGAUGCCAGAAUUGCAGAACACCCUAGCAGCACCUGUAACCAUGGCCCCCUUUAACCUGCCAUUUCCAGUGGAGUCAAAUCACCACCUUCUCCUUGCCACUUGGGUUUACUUUGUUCACUGUGUCUCCCUUGGUCCUGGCUACAGCCCAGACAAUGGAGAUCUUAAGUGGGCGUGAUCAGUGUGUGGCCUGUUCCCACAGCUCAGCCCUGGAAUAUGGUGGAGCCGAGCGUUUCUCCUGGUGUUGCUUGCUUUUUGCCACUAUUUUUGGCAAUCUUGAAAAGGAAACGAUAGGUUACAGGAUUCCCACUAGACCAACACUAAAGAAAAGCUGUUCCCCUUUGGACUGCAUGCCCCAAUAGCCCAGAGCAUGGAGAAGAGGGUCAGGUCUUACCUAGACCAAUGAUUAAGAAGCCUAAUUCCAGUCCUCUCCACAUCUAUAAUCAGCAAAGGCCUUCAAAUUUAGCCUCCGACCCUUAAGGGAUAUCGUGGUCUGUUUCCAGCCAAACAGGCUGGGAGGGAGGCUCUGAGAGCCCUUAAGUAACUGAGGAUCCAAGGUCCUCUGGUUCCUCAUGUACUUCUCUGCUGAAGGUAACUUGACAGUAACCAGAAGGGACCAACCCCAAGCCCUGUCUUCCUAUCUACAGCUGCAUGCUCCUUGCUGUGACUCGGCCUUCACAGUACUCCAGGCAGGAGCUCCCACAGGCUGGGCACUGCAGAAACCAUAAUAAAGAGAUUGUGAUGAUG